CACGUGCGGAAGGAGGGGCCGAGGCGCGUGACGUCACGACGAGCCAGCGCCCUCCACGACUUGUGAAGUGGCUCAUUGCUCAGCGGGAGGAGCAAAAGAGCGAGAGGGAAACGUCAGAAAAGAUGGCGUCUGUUUAGGCUGGUCAUCCGCGGCCCCAUCUGCGUUCAUUUAGCCUUUGCCACUGACGGGGCUCACCCUAGUCACUCGUUCGCCUACACAUAAUAGAGACGGGAUUUGAUUUUACCUUGACUAUCGAAACGUGCGAGUUUUGCUUGAGAGCUAAUUGUUUUUUUUUUUUAAAUUAUGACCAGGGUAUUUGGUCAUGUCCAGACUUUGAAUUUUCACGAAUAAUGAGGAACCCUCAGAAAGGGGCGGCUGAGGUUACAGAAGACUAGUUUGUUCAGGUGUUUUUGAUUCCAGUAACAACCUUCAGACGGAGUUGUCUUUUUUUUGUUUGCUCCCCGGUCCCCUUCCCCCGCUCCCUUAUCUUCUGAUAUUUACAAAUUCUUCUCGAUAACUAACCGUCAUUAAUUGCCACCGUUUUUUAUUCUUCUUUUGGAAGGGAAGCUAAGUUUUGGAGUUUGUAUAUUGCACGUUCUUUUAUUUUUUAUUUUUUGAAAAUUGACGUAUCUUCAUGUCGGACAAUCAGAGUUGGAAUUCUUCGGGCUCCGAGGAGGAUUUGGAGACGGAGUCCGGGCCGCCUGUUGAGCUAUGCGGGGUUCUCAGUAAGUGGACCAAUUAUAUUCAUGGAUGGCAGGAUCGAUGGGUUGUUUUGAAAAACAACACUUUAAGUUACUACAAGUCCGAAGAUGAAAGAGAGUAUGGGUGCAGGGGAUCUAUUUGUCUCAGCAAAGCUGUCAUAACGCCUCAUGAAUUUGAUGAAUGUCGAUUUGAUAUCAGUGUAAAUGACAGUGUGUGGUAUCUACGAGCACAAGAUCCUGACCACAGACAACAAUGGAUAGAUUCUAUUGAGCAACAUAAGGCAGAGUCUGGCUAUGGGUCGGAGUCCAGUUUGCGUCGUCAUGGUUCCAUGCUGUCUCUCACUUCAGCAGCAAGCAAUUACUCUGCUACUUCCACAUCAUCUUUCAAAAAGGGACACAGUUUACGAGAGAAACUUGCUGAAAUGGAGACCUUCAGAGACAUUUUAUGUCGACAAGUAGAUACUCUGCAAAAAUACUUUGAUGCCUGUGCUGAUGCUGUUUCCAAAGAUGAGCUCCAGAGGGACAAAGUUGUGGAAGACGAUGAAGAUGAUUUUCCUACUUCUCGACCUGAUGGGGAUUUUUUACACAAUAACAAUGGCAGCAAAGAAAAGUUAUUCCCCUGUGUGACUCCAAAAGGAAUAAAUGGGAUUGACUUCAAAGGAGAAGCUAUAACUUUCAAGGCCACCACAGCGGGAAUAUUGGCAACUCUUUCACAUUGUAUUGAUCUAAUGGUUAAGCGUGAGGAUAGCUGGCAAAAAAGACUUGAUAAGGAAAUGGAAAAAAGAAGAAGAGUUGAAGAUGCUUAUAAGACUGCAGUGGCAGAACUCAAGAAGAAAUCUCAUUUUGGUGGGCCUGAUUAUGAGGAGGGGCCAAACAGCCUUAUUAAUGAAGAUGAAUUUUUUGAUGCAGUUGAAGCUGCUCUCGACAGACAAGACAAAAUUGAAGAACAGACCCAGUCUGAAAAGUGCAGAAUACACAGACCCACAGCAGUGCCUUCUGAUGAUGCAUAUUCAGUGGUUGGUACGCACAGAUUUGCACAACAGCCCUAUAGUCGUUCUCCCUCCAUGUCUUCCAUUGAUCUAGUCAGUGCCUCUGAUGAUGUUCACAGAUUCAGCUCAAAGGUGGAAGAAAUGGUACAGAAUCACAUGACAUACUCCCUGCAAGAUGUAGGCGGUGAUGCCAAUUGGCAACUUGUUGUGGAAGAAGGAGAAAUGAAGGUUUAUAGAAGAGAAGUGGAAGAAAAUGGCAUUGUUCUUGAUCCUUUAAAAGCAACUCACAUAGUCAAAGGGGUGACAGGUCAUGAGGUCUGUCACUAUUUUUGGAAUGUGGAGGUUCGCAAUGACUGGGAAACAACUGUUGAAAAUUUCAAUGUGGUAGAAACGUUGGCAGAUAAUGCAGUCAUCAUUUAUCAGACGCACAAGAGAGUUUGGCCUGCCUCUCAGAGGGAUGUGCUGUAUUUAUCAGCAAUACGUAAAAUCCUGGCUAACAAUGAAAAUGACCCUGACACAUGGAUUGUUUGUAAUUUUUCUGUAGACCAUGACAGUGCUCCUCUUACUAACAGAUGUGUGCGUGCCAAAAUAAACAUCGCCAUGAUAUGUCAGACACUUGUAAGUCCACCUGAGGGUAACAAAGAUAUCAGUAGAGAUAAUAUCUUGUGCAAGAUCACUUACGUUGCUAAUGUGAACCCAGGUGGAUGGGCACCAGCAUCAGUUUUGAGAGCUGUAGCCAAGAGGGAGUAUCCUAAAUUCCUUAAACGAUUUACAACAUAUGUACAGGAAAAGACCUCUGGGAAGACUAUUCUUUUCUAACAUCACAAGAAUUUUACAUUGGUUUGCUGCCAAGUCUUCUACGCUUUGCUCAAGUGGUAUAAAAUAAGACUGUGCAACCAUUCCAUUCCAAGUGAGUUGGGCAGAAGAACUGUGUGGGAUCCAAGUCAAGACAUUUUGUGAUCUUCAGUACUGGCGUCUGCAAAGUAAUACUAGAUAGGAAACAAAUCACCUUGAGGCCAGAUUAUCCAACACUACCUGUGCACCGUUAAAACUUCUUGCUGUGUCAAUUGGGGGGAGAAAAACAAAUAUUGUUGUAAUUUAUAUUGCUCUAGUGACAAAUGUAUACAUUAAGAAUUUUGAUUUACUGGUUGAAUGGCUUUAAUAAGCAAGUUAUGUUAAUACUCUAGACCUACAAUAAUAGCCAACUACCACAUUUUUGCAAAAUUAUGGAUUUGUAAUGAACAAUGUGGAGAACUAGAAUCCUUGUAUAUCACCUUUAAAACACCCCUGUUGCAUUGUGUCCAACAAUAUUCAUGACUAAUAUGCAAAAGAGAGUACAUCUGCAAAAUUAAAAAGACAGUUACACUCUAGAAAACGGGAAGUGCUGCAGUGGGACAAAAUAUAUUGUUUGUUUUGAGAACUGACAAUGUUGUUGGCACUGUGCACUGAAGAUGUUUUUCUGAAAAAAAUAAAUAAAUUCAGGAAUAGAUAAAGCAUCCCGACAAAAGAAUUGUCAAUACUGCUGUAAAUUCUCUCAUUUAGAAUGUCUAGUUAACACACUCAUUUCCCAUCUGUAUUUACUUUCAUUUUGCAGCUAAGGGAAGCAUUGUAACUAAUUCCAGUGUUCAGAACUCAACAGGGUGGAGGGACACAUAUUUGAGGAUCAGAAGUAAGGCAACUGCUGCUGUAAGAUGUAACCAUCGAGACUGGAGGAGGAAAAUGGGUUAAUUUGAUGGAAUAUAACCAAACUGAGAGGCUGUAUCUUGAGAUUAGUUGUUUUAUUUGCAUAUUCUCAAUAAAAAGAAUAGUGAUAUCACAUUUUAAUGUAAUCAGUUUUAAAGAAACUGCAAUUUUUCCCGUGUAAUGGUUUUACUUAAAAUAAGUAUUCGUGGGGGGAAAAAAAAACCUUUUUAAGAAGACUGUUUUUGUGAUUUGGCCCAAUCUAUAAAUUACUGACUAUUCAUAUUGAUGAAAGUAGAUAUGGGAAAUGUUAAUUUUCUACCUUUCCUCUCCAACUUUAUCAUAUUAACAAGAAAAGCAGCAUUGGCAUAGGGCAAAAUCUAAUCGCAUUCCUUUACCUUGUCAUUAAAACUGUUGCAUACUUACCACAGUGCAAGUGUUUUUGGCCCCAGUGCAUUGUUUAUUUAGUAAUGAGCUGUUUCCUUACCAAAGCAAUACUAGAACAUCAGUUAGUUAAAUGGUUAUGCUGAUACACAUUUACAGGUUAAGUGUUCUGUAAGAGAAAAGCUUAACUGUUGGAACUGUAGAGCAGAACAUGCUUCAAUGCAAGUAGCAGUGUCAAAUCUUAUGUUAUUUUGAAAUUAAAAAAAGCAAUUUUCAUGCAGUUUGGACUUCAGCUGAAGCAAUUCUGUUUUAAUAUAUUGUUUGGUAUUCUGUAAUGAGGAUGUCAUCUGAAAACUAAAAGUCAGCUGUAUUCUGGGAAAUAAAUGCGGCUGGGAAUGAAAGACUUGUGUUUUUACAAAAUAAACAAAAACAAUUCUUCAAAAUUACAAAACAAAAAAAAGAGUAAUUAUGCAGAAUGUUAGAUAUGCAUUCUGAAUUUGAAAACAAUACUAACUUUUGAGAACUAAUAAUUUUGUUUAGAAGAGCCAUUACCCAUUUCUGCUAACAUUUCCAGUGUGGCUUUAUGUCCAGUUGUACUCGACAAUGUUCCUAAUGUAAUGAAGUAUAGCCCUGCGAGGGAAUUUCAUUCUGCAGCACUCCUUGCCAUCUUCUUGUACUCCAAGGCAAAGAUUGUAAUGGAAACUGCAGUUUUUUUUGUUUUUUUUUUAUAUAUAUAAAGUUUGUAUUUAGUCCUGUCCACACCAACUUAGUUUUCCAAUCAUGAUAGUUUCUAGUGACUGCUGUAAGACUAUGCAAGUAUAGAACUUCAGCAAUCUUAAUAUCAGACAUUUACAACGGCACAUCGUUUGUACUGCCUAUGAUUCUAUCAUGGUCCUCAUCUCAGUGUUAUUCGCUGCACCGUUCUUUUCUGGUAUUCAGAUUUGUUCACAAUGAAGUGCCUUUUGCCAGUUUUGCACAACACUACCACCAUAAAGUCAUUAGUCGUAAAGUUGUUUUAGGUUCUUUCCUUUUUGGCACUAGUUUGUAAAUACCCUUUUUAGGCUAAUACUGAAGCUUUACUGACAGUCUAUCUAAAUAAUACAUAAUUGGCGUGUAUGUCAGAGCUGAGGACUACAUUCGGACAUUUCCUUUGGAAAUUACAUUUUUUCAAAGAGAUGAACAGCUCUGUUUACACAAGAAAUGUGAAAUUAUUUUUUGUAAUGCAGAUUUUUGCCUCUUUUUAGUAAAUAUUAGCUAAAGUUUGGCUUCAAUGAAAUGUUUCUGCGUUCUGAAGCCCUUUCUGAAGAUGAUUCAUACUGUUCAUAUUCAUGCUAAAUAUUUGAUAGAAUAUUACAUUUACUAUUCUUGUUUUAAUUAGUUUUAGAAGCAGUUUUUUUAAUGGUCAGUGUUACAUAAUGUAACUAUCCUGGCCUAUUUUUUUGUCAGCAGGACUAUAUCUAUACACAGUAAGAAAUGAGGCAACAAAUCAAAAUUUUGAGUUUCUUUAGUAUACCAGUAAACCUAUGCUGCAAUGUUUAAGCUAUGAAUGAAGAGUUCUGAGCUGCUAUUCCUGUAAUAAGAUCAUUUAUCAACCUGAUGAGAGAGCUGUAACAGUUUUUAAAAAAAUCCCCGUAAAAAUGUAGAGGAUAUGGGCUGGCACCAAAUACAAAAAUAGUUUUUAUUUUGUAUUGUUAACUGAAUGCGGUGUGUAGAGUGGUUUCACCAGGUCUUUGAGGUGGUAGUUGUUCAGGGCACAGUGUUAGUUCUGAAGAGACUGAACUGCAGCCUGGAGAGCAGUGGCUUUUGUGGGCUAUAUUAUGAGAUGCACUUUGUAACAGAAAUUGAGAGCCAUGAUACGCUUCUCAGGGAUGGUCUGUUAACUGAGCAAGAUGGCAACAUGCUAUUCUAAACAAAAAUGUUCAAAAUCAAAAUGGAAACAAAUGAUCUAUAACAUAAUGGGCAAUAGCACAUCACAAUUGGUCAUAUAUAGAUAAUGUCUUUCCAAAUUCUCACAUUUAUUAAAAAAAAAAAAAAAAAAGAAAAAGAAAGAAAACAGAAAAAAGUACCAUUUCAGGGGACCUUAUAGUAAGCAGAUUUUUACUUUAAAUCUGUUUGUUUAGUGUAUGGGAAUGCAAUAUAUUUUAUCUCAGAUCACAAGAAUAAUUUUCUUAAUAUAUAAGCAAGUAUAUUAUUAUUAUUAGAUAGAAAAAGUGUAAUUUCCUUGUAAUGCCAUAGUAAUUUUGCAGCAAAUAUAAGGCUGCUGAAAAUCUUGGGUUGUAGGACAGCUGCAGUGAUUAGGUGGAGUAGUAAUACAUUAUGUGAUUGGCUGAAAUAAAAUGAAUCAUGAACACCUGGUUCUAACUGUCUUGUAGAUUGUUCACCGCCAUGUUCUCUAGACACAAUCAUCAGUUGCUUAGUUUUUUGAACCCUUUGAAAGGGUCUGAGCAACAUUUUGAAGUGGCCAGCCAGUGUACACAAAGACUGCAGUAGCUCUGAUUUCAGAAGGAAAGGACGUACUCCUGUCUGUUACACAAAUGCCCACUCAAAGCACUGUGUUAUGGUCAUUUUGCAGGUCUAAAGUAAAUUGUUUGUCUUUUGGUCUUGCUUUUGUAAAUGUCCCAAAUGUUGUUCUUUUAAUUUGCUAUGUAUAAUCAUUGAUCUCAUGGCUUAUUUUCAUGCUGCUAAUUUUUCUAAAAAUGGGUCAUCUUGUUUCUUAAACAAAUGUAUUGUUUGUAAUACUUGUCGAGGGCUGUUAAUGAACUUUGACUGCAUUUUCUCUGUUUCUCUCCUAUGAAAACCAGUGGUUCUGAUGGAGAGAAAGUUUGAAAAGCUUUAUAUUUUUCUUUUACAGAAAUUUUUAUAUUUCUACUGUAUUUUUAGUUGUACGUGUUAUUCAAUUGUGUUGUGAUUAUAUAAAAAAAAAAAAAAAAAAAGUCAUAAUUUGUAUAUAAACAUGAGAGCUGUCAAGAGGGAUUACUUGAAUCAAAUUGAUAAGCCUUGGAAGUAAAGGUGCAAUUGUUAGAGUACACUGUGUGUUGACCAGAACAGCGACCCUUCUAAUGAAGGCUGUGGUGUGCUUAAAAUAAUAGCAAUAAUUAGUUUGCCCUUGAGAAUACUUCCCAAGCCAAAACUAAUUAAAAUGCUUUAUCUGCUGGUGUGCAUACUUAAUAUUUCUGAAAGCAUUUGGUGUUCUGUUUGACUGGUUCAUACAGUUAUUUUGAAAAGUAAUCGAUUAUGUUCCCCUGCAUAUGCAUGAUUUCAGUUGAAAAUUUUGGAAAAACUUCCUCUGCAUUUCCCAUCACUUACAAGAUGAAUAUAUUCAGAUUAACUUGCAUAUGCCUUAGUAAGUUACAUGCAAAUUCUAUUUCAUGCACCAGGUAAAUCUGUAGAGAAGUGCCUCUGUAUUAAUCUUAGUAAGGCAUACUGCAUGGUUUAUCAUUUAGACUGUCAAAUACCCAAAAAACAAAACAAAACAAAAAAACUUUUUAUUGGGAGCUGUAAAUUUCAUAGUCGCACUUGCUUUUUUUAAUACUUCAAAUAUGAUUAUUUUAAAUUCAUACAUCAAAAAUCUUUUUUGAAUAUAAAUAUUGUUACUUUUAUCUGAUUAUUUCUCACUGAAAUUAAGAUUCUUCAGACUUUAAAAAGCUUUCCUAUAAAUAGUUUGGGGCGUUUACAUGGAUUGUCUGUCUUGUCAGUUUUAUCAUUAGUUACUUUUGCACAAAUAAUGUGAUGUAAUUUUGAUAAUUUCUGUACAUAAGGUGAUUGAUUACACUAAAUGAGCAGUUUGCAACAGAUAUAGCUUUAUAUUGAUGAAUUUGACACACGUUGCUUUUAUCUGUGCCAGAAAGGGAGAACCUGGCAAAAGUAGUAAAAGGACUGUUAGAUCACUAGAUCAGUUUGGAGGUCUGAAAUCAGCUUCACAAAAUCUUGGACACCAAGAUCAUUUGGAACAAGGCUGCAUUCUUUCGAAAUCAAGUACACAAGACCACAUGGAGUCCUCCACUUUUUUUUCUAAACCUCGUUAACAUGUCGAGGAUUAACAUGCCUGGAAAUAAACAUGUUCUGUUAUGUUUCUAGGCUGAAAAGUAUAGUUGAUUAUUGGCUUAUCCAGUAUCUAGUAUAAAAUUUAUUGUCAAUUUCAAGUGUACAGAGUGUAGUUUUGUUUUAUAUAAAAUUUAUUAUUAUGGGAAUUCUGUACAAAGAAAGAUUGGUCCUGUUGUCACAAUGAUAUCGGUCUGUAAAGCUUUUUUGAAAAUGUGUUAAGAAUUCCAAGUAAAUCCGUUUACAAAGAGUUUGGCUCUUCCAUGUUAUGUACUUAAAACACAGUAUUUAAAUUGAAGGAAAUUAAAAUAUAUAAUGGACUGAAA